CAAAAACGCUCAUCCGGGCGCAUAUACAUUGAACGAAAGCAAACGCAUUUCGUUUUCGCUUGAGAGUUGAAAAAUCUUGGAAAAAAGUGUCCAGAAUUUGUUAACCUGUUUCCCAGAUCUGUUUACUCGAUUCUGUUUGCCCUAUAUUGAUCUUCCUUGUCUUGUUGUUUUCCUCGGAGAUUGGCGACUAACUCACCAUGGUCUCGACCAGUAAAAUUAAAUCGGUUGACUUUUACAGGAAAAUUCCCCGGGACUUGACCGAGGCAUCACUAUCAGGUGCUGGGCUGUCAAUUUUAGCAGCCUUUUCGAUGAUAUUCUUGUUUGGAAUGGAGCUGAAUGAUUAUUUGAGGGUGAGCACCUCGACAUCUGUUGUCGUUGACAAGAGUUCGGAUGGAGACUUUUUACGAAUUGAUUUCAGUAUGAGCUUUCCAGCACUGUCUUGUGAAUUUGCUUCCAUCGAUGUCAGUGAUGUGUUGGGAACAAAUAGGUUGAAUAUAACUAAGACUGUCCGCAAAUAUUCAAUAGAUUCAAAUUUAAAUCCUACUGGUUCUGAGUUUCGAUCAGGGCCUGUUGCCAAAACAGUUAAGCACGAUGAUGAGGUCGAUGAAGAGCAUAAUGAAGGUUCUGUUGUACUCACUGGGAACAAUUUUGAUAGAAUUUCACACCAGCAUCCUAUUUUGGUAGUAAAUUUCUUUGCCCCUUGGUGCUACUGGAGCAACCGCCUGCAACCUUCAUGGGAGAAAGCUGCCAAAAUUAUCAGGGAAAGAUAUGACCCAGAGAUUGAUGGGCGUAUUCUAAUGGGGAAGGUUGAUUGCACUGUAGAAGUAGAAUUGUGUAGAAGGAAUCACAUACAAGGGUAUCCAUCUAUCCGCAUCUUCCGCAAAGGAAGUGAUAUAAGAGAUGAUCACGGCCAUCAUGAACACGAGUCAUAUUAUGGAGAUCGAGAUACAGAGACCCUAGUUGAGACAAUGGAGGAAUUGGUAGCGGCAAUUUCCGUGCAGUCUCAAAAGGGUUCCGAUAGUCUGUCCACCGAAAAGAAAGAUGACACUAAAAGGCCAGCUCCUAAAUCUGGUGGAUGUAAAAUUGAGGGUUUUGUACGCGUGAAGAAGGUCCCCGGGAAUCUCCUCGUUUCUGCUCGGUCAGCUUCACAUUCUUUCGACCCCUCUCAGAUGAACAUGUCCCAUAUCAUUUCUCAUUUCUCUUUCGGUAAAAAGAUUAGCCCAAGGGAAAUGAGUGACAUGAAGCGUGUGCUGCCAUAUUUAGGUGGGAGUCAUGAUAGCUUGAAUGGCCAGUCAUAUAUCAGCAAUCCAAGUGAUUCUGAUGUAAAUGUUACUAUCGAGCACUAUCUUCAAGUUGUGAAAACUGAGGUCAUGACGAGAUCUUACAAAUUAGGCGAGGAGUAUGAGUAUACGGCACACAGUAGUUUGGUUCACAGUAUUCAGAUACCUGUGGCUAAAUUUCAUUACGAAUUAUCUCCGAUGCAGGUUUUGAUUACCGAAAACUCGAAAUCUUUUUCUCACUUCAUUACGAACGUCUGUGCAAUCAUUGGUGGGGUUUUUACGGUUGCUGGUAUACUGGACUCCAUUCUGCACCAUACUUUGAGGAUUAUGAAAAAAGUUGAACUAGGGAAGAACUUUUGAUCAAAUGUUUGGACUAGCAGACUUUGUAAGGUAAACCAGUGUUGGUUUACACAUCUGUAUCACCCUUUUCCUGAGGGAUGGUGAGAUAAUUUAAACUGCUGACAGUAUAGUUUGACAUCAAGAUGUUAUGAGGUACAAGAAAACUCUUGGUUUGAUAGUUAUCUAUCGAAAACCAAAAUCAAAAGAUACUACAAGUGCAUGUCCUGUGAAAGUCGAUCAAAUCAGACUAAAAAGGCGUAAACGAUAAUGCAGAACUAUCUAUAUCCAUUUUGCACAUCACAAAUACCACACAUACAUGAACCAAACAAAUAAUGAAUCAACAGACAUCCCAACCAAAACAACAUUGUCAAGAACAUCAAGCCGAAAACUAAAAACGAAUAAAAAAAAAAAAAAAAA